CAAAGUGGCCUUUCGGCUGUUUCUGCAAUAAUCUUGAUCAUCCUACGUCCAACGGUGCAGGAAAGCUCCAACCAAGACUUCAACCCUGCGUCAUUCUCCAAAGACUUACACAGAGACUCUGACGCCAACAUGAUCUUGCUGCUCUUCCUGUUUGGUCUGACUCUGGGUGCUGAGUCUCCUUUGGAUAAACAUAAAGUGAAGCUACAGCGGGGAAAUUGUCCUGCGUUCUGGUUCAGCUUCAGUGGCCGCUGCUACAAGUAUGUUGCCACACAUUUGACCUGGGCUGAUGCAGAACUCCACUGUGUGUCAGAGGGAGCCAAUCUGGUGUCUAUCCACAGUCUGGAAGAAGAGGAUUUUGUCAAAUCCCUGAUCAUGAACUUUGACCACGCUGAAGGAUACACCUGGCUCGGACUCAGUGACAAACAGAAGGAAGGAGGAUGGAUGUGGUCUGAUGGUUGUGCAGUGAAGUUUGGCUUCUGGAAUCCAGGAGAGCCAAAUAAUAAUGGAAAUGAAGACUGUGUACACAAUAACUUCGGCAAUAAUAAGAAAUGGAAUGGUGGACCUUGUUCUGAUACUUAUGCCUCUGUUUGUGCAUCUCGCAUAGACUGUCCUCAGCUACUGACGUUUAUGUCAAAUUCAACCAGUUGACUUUCCACCUGUUGCUCUGUAGAAAUGUUUUGAGCGUCCACAAUAAAGAUACAAAUGUACAACUUAA